AAAAACGUGAGAUGUACGUUGGGAGAGCAGAGAAGAAGGGUGAACGGAGAGGUGCUCUGGAAGCCGAACCAGGUUUUAAGAAGCCGAGUUUCUAUUGACUGGAUUUAGUCAGUACAUCUUAGGUUUUGCCUUGUUACCUCUGUGUAGUUAACGAUUGCAGAGGCAUAGAUGUUUUUUGUCUGAGUGAGAACAAACGGAGAUUCUGUGUGAGCGGGUUCAAGCUAACCGCUAAAGCUAACGGCUAAGCUAACGGCUAAGCUACUGCCAGCGAGCCUCGUUGCGGUCUGAGUGGACUUUGAACUGGACAAACGGAGGUGCUUCUGGUUUAGGAGUUACCUGCCGCUCCUCUAACCGCUUCUUUUCCUGAGACUUUGGAUUAUUCGUCGGCUGGCUGCUGAAUUUUCAGACACCGAGCCGUGAACGCCACGACGUGGGUUCUGCUAACGGCUAACUGUGAGUUUGCUGACCGGAGAUCAGUGCCGCUGCGGGGAUUUCGUGGACCGCUUCCUGUGAUCAUCGUGGGUUUUCUACUCUGCACCUGGACUAUGGCGAACAGCUGGAGAUCGACACACAGCCUGCGAGCUGAUGAACCAGGGCAUCCUGGCGCUGGUCACUUCCACCGGCUGCGCCUCGGCCAGCGCCCUGCAGUCUCUGACGGACGCCAUGCACAUCCCUCACCUGUACAUCCAGAGGAACAGCGAGGGGUCGCCCCGGACCGCCUGCCGCUUCAACCCCAGCCCCGGAGGGCAGCGCUACACGCUGGCCGCCCGGCCGCCCGUCCGCCUCAACGACGUGAUGCUGACGCUGGUGGACGAGCUGCGGUGGCAGAAGUUCAUCGUGUUCUAUGACAUCGAAUACGAUAUCCGGGGGCUGCAGGGUUUCCUGGACCAGACGUCCCGGCAGGGCGUGGACGUGGCUCUGCAGAGGGUGGACAGGAACAUCAGUAAGGUCUUCACCAACCUGUUCACCACCAUGAGGACCGAGGAGCUCAACCGCUACCGGGACACGUUGAGAAGAGCCAUCCUGCUGCUGAGUCCUCAUGGAGCCCACACCUUCAUCCAGCAGGCCGUCGAGACGAAUCUGGCCUCCAAAGACAGCCACUGGGUGUUCGUCAACGAGGAGAUCAGCGACACCGAGAUCCUGGAGCUUACCCACAGUGCACUGGGGCGCAUGACGGUGAUCCGGCAGAUCUUCCCGCUGUGGAAGGACAGCAGCACUCGAUGCAUGAGGCAGAACCACCGCAUCUCCUCGCUGCUGUGCGACCCACAGGAAGGAUACCUGCAGAACCUCGAGGUGUCCAACCUCUACCUGUACGACAGCGUGUUGAUGCUGGCCAACGCCUUCUACAGGAAGCUGGAGGACAGGAAGUGGCACAGCAUGGCCAGUCUCAACUGCAUCAGGAAGUCCACCAAGCCGUGGAACGGAGGCUGGUCCAUGCUGGAGACCAUCCAGAAGGGAAACAUCACCGGCCUGACGGGAACGAUGGACUUUAAAGACAGCGGCUCAAACUCUCAUGUCCAGUUCGAGAUCCUCGGAUCCAGUUUCAGUGAGACCUUCGGCAAAGACAUCAAGAGGCUGGCGACCUGGGACUCGGUCCACGGCCUCAACGGAAGUCUGAAGGAGAGUCGGAUAGAAAACGGGAUGCAGGGAGUCACCGUCAAAGUGGUCACCUUACUGGAGGAUCCUUUCGUCAUGGUGGCGGAGAACAUCCUCGGGCAGCCCAAGAGGUACAAAGGCUUCUCCAUCGACGUGCUGGACGCCCUCGCCAAGAUCCUGGGCUUCAAAUACGAGAUCUACCAGGUCGCAGACAGUAAAUAUGGAUCUCAGCUUCCCAACGGAUCGUGGAACGGGAUGAUUGGGGAUCUCAUCAACAAGCGAGCCGACCUGGCGGUGUCGGCCAUCACCAUCACACCUGAGCGUGAGAACGUGGUGGACUUCAGCAAACGUUACCUGGACUACAGCGUGGGCAUCCUGCUGAGGAAGCCCGAGGAGAAGAUCAACAUCUUCUCGCUGUUCGCUCCCUUCGACCUGGCCGUCUGGGCCUGCAUCGCCGCCGCCAUCCCGGUGGUCGGCGUCCUCAUCUUCCUGCUCAACCGGCUGCAGGCGCUGCGCUCCUCCUCCCAGAAUGCACCGGGGCAGCCGUCCAACGGCGUCGGAUCGGGAAGUCUGCACAGCGCCAUCUGGAUCGUCUACGGAGCGUUUGUCCAGCAAGGCGGCGAUGGCGUGGUCAGCUCGGUGGCUCUGAGGAUCGUCAUGGGCAGCUGGUGGCUCUUCACGCUCAUCGUGUGUUCGUCGUACACGGCCAACCUGGCGGCGUAUCUGACCGUGUCACGCAUGGACCACGCCAUACGGUCUUUCCAGGACUUGGCCCGGCAGAUCGAUGUGGACUACGGCACUGUGAGGGACUCUGCCGUCUACGACUACUUCAGGAACAAAGGAACCAACCCUCUGGAGCAGGACAGCACCUACGCUGAGUUAUGGAGGACCAUCAGCAAGAACAACGGCAUGGACUACUCAGUGUCCAGUCCGUCUGAGGGCAUACGAAAGGCCAAGAAGGGUCCGUUCGCCUUCCUGUGGGACAUGGCGGUUCUGGAAUACGCCGCUCUGACGGACGACGACUGCACCAUCACUGUGUCAGGAAACAGCAUGAGCAGCAAAGGAUACGGCAUCGCCAUGCAGCACGGCAGCCCCUACAGAGACCUGUUCUCACAGAAGAUCCUGGAGCUGCAGGAGAAGGGCGACCUGGACAUCAUGAAGCAGAAGUGGUGGCCUCGGACCGGCCGCUGCGACCUGAGCAGCCACGCCAGCGCUCACCCCGACGGACGCUCGCUCAAGCUGCACAGCUUCGCCGGCAUCUUCUGCAUCCUGGCCGCCGGCCUGCUGCUGGCCUGCCUGGUGGCCGGCCUGGAGGCCUGGUGGAACGGCAACCGCUGCCGCCAGGAGCAGCCCAAAGAGGUUACUAAGGAUUACAGACUGGCAAGGGUUUCUGGUCCAUUGACAUAUAAUGACAUUACAACUGCUUCAUCGGAGGGGAGGAGGGACAUUUGGACAGACAGAGAGAGAGGCUGGGAUGAAGCAGAAGCUAUUGAUACAGGACAAGGAGGUGAACCUGGAACAGGUGCAUCGUCGUAUGAACAGUCUUUUGGACGAGGACUUGGCCCACAAGCAGAUCCCCGGUCCCUCUAUCGAGAUCUCUGCGCUGGACAUCGGCAGCAUGCAGCCCAGCCAGGCUCUAGUUCCGGGGCCGGAGUCCGUCCGGGACUACCCGCCCUCGGGCCUCGCUGUGACCACCUUCCUCCCCGGGGAGGGGGCGCCGCCUCCGCCUCUUCCCCACCCUCACCAUGGGGGGACCCUAGGCAGGACGCUACCCCUGUCCCAGGGCCCUGGCAGCACCACGUUGCCCCCACACCACCCGCUCAGCAGCACCAGCCUCAGCGGCACCAUGCAGUGCAAACACAGGGCUCCCAACGGGGGGCUCUUCCGGCAGAGCCCUGGCAAGACGCCCAUGCCAAUGUCCUACCAGGCAGUCUCCGCAGGACCCAUACCCGAAGCCAUUGAGGCCACCCACAGUACAUCCAUAUAGAGAUGGGAGGGGGCUCGGUUCAGGUUUGGAUGUGAUGAGAUGUAGAGGAAAAUUAUUAUCGGAGGAGGAGCGAAAAAAAAAUGUACAAAGUAAAAAAGAUUUUGUAUCUCACUAUCUGUUCAGAAAGUUACAAAAAACUAAACACACAAAAACAAAAAAACAAAAAAAAAAACAGGCAGGGCGUUGGGUGGGGCGGUGGGUGUAAUUUUUCUCUUGUACAUACGUGUAAAUACCAAGAGAACGAAGUGAGGUCAAAGUGUAUUUUGAAUAUUCUCAAUUUUUGAAGUUGAGUUAUAAAAACAAACAAAACGAGAUUAAAAAAAAUAUAUAUAUACAUUGAUGAAAAGUUAUGACUGUUUGAAUGGCUUUGUAAAUUUUGUUCAAUUAAAAACAAUGACGCGAAAUUCAUUGUGAUUGUUUUCUAAGUGCCGAAAUUAAACGAUGUCUCUCCACAACUCAUCGAUGUAAACCCAUGAUGCACCGCUGUAGGGACAUUCUAGUGUUGGACACCUACUGUUACGCACCUCUGUACCAACCCUAUAUACCGUAUAUCUUCAGCAUCGGAUGAGAAUAAUCACAACUCCUUUGUUUAGUUUUUUUCCAUUUGUAUUAAAUAUAUAAUAUACAUUGUUUUUCCAAGCAAAAGUCUACAUUCAUUUUCUUAUGUUGACUGUAAAUUGUGUUCAUUCGACACUUUGACCGGGGGGGGGGGGGUAGAUUUUUAUCAGGUUCAUAUUUUACACAUGGCUGAGUGGUUUGUUUUUAUAGUACCUUUUAAUUUGGCGUCAGUACUGUCCAGGUGAGGAGGGUUUGGACUGUAAAGUGUGGAAACAGGAGAGGAUCGAAGGCUGCGUCCACACCCACUCUGACGGGUUGUAGUGGGUUAGAAAUGUUGAAUUUGAUGCAGUUUUUGGGCUUUAGCGGUUGGGUUCCAAUCACGAAAGACCAGCCUCUUUGUGGAGAACGAAAUGUCAGGUUCCUGGCGGUGUUUUUAAACCAAACGCAACUUUAUAGAAUAAGAAUCUCAUUUAAUUAAAGUAUUCGUAGUUACUGAAGAAUUGCCCCAGACCACAAUUAUUUCUCACUUUGUCCUGAGAUGAAACAAAGAGCAUCCAGCCUCACAUUUUCCACUUACAGAUGCCAAAAUGUUUGAAUCUUUCUUACAGAUAUUCACAGUCACAAUCGCAGUUCUAGGAUUUAGCUGCGAUCUCAAGACACCCUGCAGACAAAUACGUCGUCACACAGCACUAUACAAGGAAGAUGGCUUUGUUCACAUUCAUAUGACGUCCUCCACCUACGCCGUUUCGUCAUUAUGUCGCCAUUUCCCUUGAAUUUAUUAAAGUCUUGUUCCAUCAUUCCGAUAUCAGCUGUUUGUGCGGGAACUAGUUGGCGAGGGGAGUGGACAAAUACGUCGUCAUCGUAGCAUUAUGUGAGAAAGACGACUUUGUUUACAUUCACCGGUUGUGUUUUCUACCUGGACUUCUAAAAUGAAGUCCAGGUAGAAAACUGAUACUCAUUUUAUAAAAAUGACGGCCAAAACGACUACAGACAGGCAAACCAGGCUAGUGUGCAUCAAAAAAAAUGUCACAUAGCAGAAAAAAAGAGAAAAUAUAUUGUAGGUCAGCUGGUUGUUGGAACCUUAUACAGCAGGUCCUCGGUUUACGACGUCAUCCACCUACAGCGUUUCAUGGUUACGUCGCCAUCUCCCAUAAAUUUAUCACAAAAGUCUUGUUCCAUCAUUCCGACAUAGGGCGUUUGCGAUGUGAAAACAAAUUUCGUGAGAACUAGUUGGCGACCGGAGCAGACGAAUAUGUCGUCACAUGGCGUUAUACGAGGAAGACGGCUUUGUUCACAUUCAUAUGAUGUCCUCCACCUACACCGUUUCGUAGUUACAUCGUCAUGUCCCUUGAAUUUAUAAAGAAAGUCUUGUUUCACCAUUCCGACUACGGCGUUCGCGUGGGAACCAGUUGGCGAGUGGAGCGGACAAAUAUGUCGUGACGUGCCGCAUUUCGAGAAAGACGAUUUUGUUUACAUUCACCAGUUGUGUUUUCAGUUUUUUACCUGGACUUUGUUUUAGAGUCCAGGAAACGGAUUCUCAUUUUAGAAAAAUGAUGGCAAAAACGACUACAGACAAGCGAACCAGGCUAGUUUGUUUUUUCUUCAUACGGACUUUAAACUGCAGAUUAAUUGUCCGAGUGAUAUCGGACACAGCAGGAAGCUAAGAUGUGACUAGAACUUUAGAAGGUGUUUGAAAAGUGAUCUAAGACCUCUUUUACACUGAGGGGUUGUGGGAUGUGAGACUAAACCUCUAGAAAAAGUCUUUAUAGAUCUGGAACAAGAUCUCACAAUGCAACCACAACUUCAGCUGCAAAAUUCAAUUAUUUCCACUGUUGAUUAUUUUCCCCAAUUGUUCAAUUAGUUAAUUGGUUUUUGGUUGGUUCUGUAUGCCACAUUGGAUUGUGCUACAUUUGCUUUCUUUCAUUUGUGCAAAAUAAUGGUAUUUUAUCAAUUAUUUACCAUUUUUCACUCCUCAUUGUGCAUAAUUUUCCCUUCAAUGACUCAAAAUAUCUGUAAAAUAAUGAUAUUUUUUAACCUAAUGUAAUGAUUUUGAUGUGGCCUUUGUUUUUACAGUUUUACCCUGUGCUUUUUGUAUGAUUCUUUUCCUGUUCUGUCAAUCGAUAUUACCUGUAGUUUAACAAAACAGGCAAAGCCUGUAAAAUAACAGUUGAAAAUAUACAUAACUUUUCUUUCUGACAAUGCUAAAUUGCCAUUUGCAAAACUGCAGAUUUCUGAUGUGAACGUUAUGCACAUUUCUUUCAGUUAACGUGUACAUUUUAAUUUCUUUUGAUUUCCUAGACGUUAGUCAUUUACCAAAACACUUGAAAAAUAUCCAAACUGUGUGUAUUUUAGUGUGCCUCAUUAGGUAAAUCAAAAAAACUGCUUCAGUCCAUUUAUUGAUUUUGACUUUCGAAGCUUCUGUUUCCAUCUGAAGGAGCUUUUAAAAACCCUGAAACAGCAGAAAAAAUGAAGUUGUUGCCUGGCUGAACGUCGCUAACGGUUUGAAAAUCCAAUCAAACUGGAUGCGAUGUGAUUUGGUUUGAUUUAAAUCCACACAAACGUCCCCAACAGAGCACAUUUCUUUGUUAUUCUGCUGCACAGCAAAGUGAUUCUUGUGUUUUUGGGUCGUUCCGUGACCGAACCAUUAAUAAGAGGACCGCUGGAACGUCUUAUUCGGGCGUAAUGAGGGAAUAAAGUGCAGGUUGAACAGCGUUUGGUGUGAACGCAGCCUCGGGACUCUCUGACCUUUUUGGUUUGUUAUAUUUAACCUGAAAGAAAAGAAGAAGUCUUGUAGAAUCAGCUAUAUAGAUCUGUCUUUAAUUUUUUAUACUAGAGAAUUUAAUGUGAAACACUUGUAUACAGGUUUUUCUCCUGCAAAGCAGCGCAGUUAUUCUAAUCAGAGGGCGAGGCCUCAUGUUCCCACCAGUCGAUCUGAUGAAUCCGUUACGACCUGCUGGAUGACGGACGUCGUCUUUAUCCAAAGAGCAAUCAGAGGCUCACGACAGCAGCCGUUAUUCUGCAGGAGUCGUACCUCAAACGCUGGGAAACAGGGAGUCUGAUGGGGUUUUUCUCCAUAGAUAAACUGUGCUUGGAGCCUUUAUGGGUUUACAACCAGAGACAGGAACCCACACACCCCACCCCGUUGUGUUCUGCCGACAUAAGCGCGAUUAAUGUGCAUUUACGGUUCCGAUGAGUCUCGUUUUCGGUUUGGAAACGAGCUGAUCGGCACACGGCAGAGUUUUCAGGACAUCAUGAGGCAAACUGACAGGUUUUAAUUAAAAUUAACAUCAGCGACUUGUCAGGACGAAGGGCUUAGUUCCCCAAAUAUACUUUGGAGACGAAACACCAAAGCCAACAACUUUAAUCGUUUCUUUAAAACCACAAGCAAGAACGUCAAUGUUCAAGAUCAAAACACGACCGUUACCUUGUGAUUCUGUCACACAAACUAAAGGUUGAAUCCAACAUUUUAAAUGCCAAAUGCUUCCGUUCUGGCAGUAGCUCUAAAAGUCAGCUCAAUCUGUGGAAACACCGGACAUAUCGAGGUCUUACCACACAAAUAUGGGUGUUUUCUACAAGGACUUUGUUUUAGAAAAGAACUCUUAUCCACAUGAUCAUUAUUAUAGAAAAAUAAUUACAAAAAUGACUACAAACAAGCAAACCAGGCCACAAAGAAAACGUCACAUAGCAGAAAAAAAAGAAUGUAUUGUAGAUUAGCUGGUUGUCGGAACCUUAUACAGUACAGUAGGUCUUCGGUUUACGACGUCCUCCACCUACAGAGUUUCGUGGUUACAUCCCCAUCUCCCAUAAAUUUAUUAAGAAAGUCUUGUGCUAUCAUUCCGAAGUAUGGCUUUUACGACGUUAAAACAAAUUUCAUGAGAGAACUAGUUGGCGAGCAGAGCGUACGAAUACGUCAUGUGGCGCUAUGAGACAGCUUUGUUUACAUUUUCUGAUUGUGUUUUCUACAUGGACUUCGUUUCAGAAAAGAACUCUUAUCCACAGGACUACCAUUUUAGAAAAAUGAUGGUAAAAACAAUUCAGUCGAGUAAUAUCGGACACAACAGGAAGUAAAGAUGUGACUAGAACUUCAGAAGGUGUUUGACCUAAAACACCAUCUGUGUGUGAAUAAAAGACCGAAAUACAAUAAAAAAAAAACCUUGACAAACAUCCAUGUUAAUGUGGCUUAAGACUCCUUGUGUCUAUCAAUGAACUAUUAUUCAAGGACACGGUUAAAAAUUCGAAAAAGGUCAAUUUACGUCAAAAAAAGCAAAAAAACAGAAAAGCAGCAAAUUCCUACUUUUAAAUGACUGAACUUUGAUUUUCACGCAGCAUGUAACUGAAAUUAUUGGUUCCAAAACUGAUAAACAUAAAGAGACGUUCAGCAAUGAUCAAAUCAGAACUAAACUCGUGCACUGUUCAUUAUUUUACUCAUUCAUCAAUUAGUUGUUUGGUCUCUAAAGGACCGUCGAUCAGUGUUUCCAAAGACUAAAACGUCCAUAAACGUCUCGUAUUGUCCAUAACUCAGAGGUGUUCAGUUUACUGACUAAAAUAUCUAAAAUAUUUACAUUUAGAAAGUUUGUAAUUUUAAAAAAACAACAAAGUAAUAAAAAUUAAUUCAAAGGCUGACAACUAAUCGACUAAUUGUUGCAUCUCAAACUACGAUUCAUGUUUUUAAACCAACUUUUUGGAGUUUUAAUGAGAAGAACCAACACCAACCAACAUGUGACUGAAUCCCAGGGUAACGUUUGAAGUGUUGAGCUCACAGAUGAAGCCAGAUUGUAGUUACGGUGAAUAAAAAAGACACAAAUUCUGCUUUUAAAGUCGUUGUGCUGCAACCAUCAGCUCGUCUUUACUUUCUAUCAUCCUGUAGGACCAACAUGGAGGCAGGUUUGACUGGUUGGUGUUUUCCCAGCAGAUGAAAUCAGAUCAUUCUGAUGUUUUCUGGUUAAAAACGCUGGUGUUGUGUUUGAACUGAUGGACUGGACCAGCAGCUCGGUGGGUUCUGGACUCCACGUGGAUGUUUUCUGUGUCCUGAACCAACCAAACGUCCACAACAUGGCCGACAGGUCGACCUAGGCUCCGAUUGGUCGGCUGAGUCAUCCUGUCAUGUGGCAGAAACACGAACUGUUGAAGCGUUUAGUCUCACAGUCCAUCUACAGGAGACCCGUAUUUUAUUUAUGAAUAUGCUGCUUGGAAUUUCUUAAUCUUUAAUAAAGAAAUAUGGUUUACAAACUG